AUGGCCCCGGGAAACAACAUGCAAUCCGAGGAACCUCUUAAUGGCGCCAAUGGUAAUUCGGCGACCCACGGAUCCAGCUCGACGUCGCCCACCAAGACUCGCUCGCACGAGCAGGAUAGCAAUGGCCACGCCAAUGGAAGCCCAGCUGGCCGCACUGCCACAAAAUCUAAUGACGACGACCAGCCGAAGCCCAAAGAAAGCUUACUGCAAAAGACCCGGCGAAUAUGGCUCGCCAAGACCGGGAUCGAUGCACGAACGUACAUGCAACUCUUCAAAGGCGCCCUCGCCCCAACGAUAGCCAUAGCGGCAUACCAAGCCACCGCCUUCGCAGACACCUACACGACGAUCGGGUAUCUUGUCGGCAUUAUGACGAUCCUCUCACUGCCCAUCCAGCCCCGAGCCAAGUUCACGCAGACGAUGCUCAUCAACAUCCUCGUAACAUGCAUAGGCUGCUGCGUCGCUCUCCUGGCCAUGUUCUGCACAGUUCAUGCCCGGAUCGACACCGAAGGCCAUCAAGGACCCGGCAAAGGAGGACCGGGGACCAGUGGUCUGGCUGCCGGGGGAGCGGCGACGAGCACGUAUAAUUCUUCCGCCUCCGCCGUGGCGGGCAUUUGGCUGUUUGUUGAGAUCUACGCCAUUAGUGCUUUUCGGGCGAAUCGGCCUCAAUUCACUAUUCCGAGUAUCUUGUUUGCGAUCUUCGCUAAUGUCAGUAUGAUCUAUGCGCCGCAGUUCAGUACUAUGACGCAAGCCUCAGCCUUUGCUCAAAAGUUGCUUGAGGCUUUCUUUACGGGCUUCGCUAUCUCCACGGGCGUCUCGCUGUUUGUCUUCCCGUUGACGAGCAGACAGGUGGUGUUCAAGGAGAUGACGGGGUAUUUUGGCUUGCUGCGAAAGGCUAUGAAGGCGAAUCUGGACUACAUGCACACUCUCGAGGAGACAGACAUGUUCGCUCCUCAUCGGAUCAAUACUGCUGGGGAUGAAGUCGCUGGUAGUAAAGAAGCAGAUGCCUUCAAGGCUACAAUGGUAGCACUCAACGGUCUGCACUCGAAGCUUGCCGCUGAUUUGGUGUUCGCGAAGCGGGAAAUAGCACUGGGUAAGGUUGGUCCGGACGAUCUGCAGCAGCUGUUCAAACAUCUACGCGAGACCAUGAUUCCGGUGCUUGGGUUGAGCUCUCUAUCCGACAUCUUCCAGCGAAUUGCGGAGGGCCGUGGCUGGGAUAGGGACCAGAAUUUCGCUCACGCAACGGCCGAACAGGCUCCCAACGAGUCUGAGAAGCUGCGCAUCGAGUCCAUUACCGAAUGGCAUCAUCUGAUGAAGCAGCUACGUGAGCCAUUCGGUAAAGCUACGACGCUUAUCGAUGAGGGGCUCGAACAUGCUUUGAUCACAUUACAACUUGCACCAAGACAUACAAUGCGCACUACAGAUGACGCGGCCGAAGCCAAUGGUGAUGCGCCACAGCCUGGCGAGGCAGGUUUCGCAGACUACUACAAACGUCGUUCUACUUCUGCUGUCGACACGAGGAAAGAGAUGCUUCGAUCGUGGUGUGCGGUUCAUGGCAUAGAACUCGCGCCGGAUUUCUUCGACGAUCCAUAUCGAAAGGAUUACGUUGCGCCAGAUUGGAUGAACACAGAUCACCGGUCCCCCGAACGACAGCGGCUUCGUCGACAGCUAUUUCUGUGUUUACAUAUGGGGUUUCUUCUGAAAACUGUGAAUCAACGAGUCGGCGAUCUGAUCAAUUAUGCCGAAAAACUACAGGCGUCUGGCAAACUGAGCAAAACUCGCUUAAUCGUGCCUGGGAUCAAACGACUGCGCAAAUGGUUCAUGUCAUUCUUCUCACACGACAUGGAAGCGCACGAUGAUCAGAAGAUCGACUCCGGUGAUAAUGGCGUGACGGUCUAUCUGGGCCAGGCAUACAAAACUAAGAAAGAUCCGGAGCACCUGCCUCCUACGAAUCCAUGGGAGAAAUCGAGUAACAGUAUACGGAAGAUUGGUCAUUUCUUCGCCUCGCCCGCUUCCUCCUUUGGUCUGAGGUCGGUCGUGGCCUAUCUACACGACACGCAGACAUUCUUCACUCGUGAGCGUCUGUUCUGGUCGCAGAUCAUGAUCUCCAUCAGUAUGACUCCCACGGCCGGACAGAGCGUGCGAGGGUUUCUAUUUCGUGUGUUCGGUACUACGGUCGCUAUGAUCCUCGCAUGGAUUGCAUAUUAUAUUGUCGAUGGCAAGACGGCGGGGAUCUUGGUAUUCUUCUUCCUGUUCUUGCAUUUUGGGCUUUACAUUGUGCUGAAGUAUCCGGGCUACAUUCCAGUGGGUAUGAUAUCCCAGGUGACAAUGACGUUGAUCUUGGGAUAUGAGUUGCAGGUGAGAAAGGUUGGAGUCGCAGUGGCGACGUCAAACGGACAGGCUUACCAUCCGAUCUACAUUCUUGGGCCUAUACGUUUGGCGACCGUCGCAGGUGGACUGUUCUUGGCCUGGAUAUGGACAGUGUUCCCUUUCCCCAUCACGGAACAUUCUCAGCUCCGACAGACAUUGGGCAAGACUUUAUAUCUCCUAGCAAACUACUACUCCGUCAUGCACGAAACAGUGCGCGCUCGUGUACGUGGCUGCGAAGCCGACUUUACGUCCAAGGACGGUCCAGGUUACAAGCUGGACAAGGCCCGAUACAAGGUCUUCUCGAAAUGCACAGCACUGCUCGGAGGCCUCCAGGCGCAGUCUGCGUUUGUCAAGUUCGACUUACCCAUCGGUGGCAAGUUCCCGCAUGCACGCUACCAGAGCAUCAUCGCUCAGAUGCGCUCGACGCUCAAUUUCAUGGCCCUCGUCAGUCUAGCAUCUUCCACCUUCGCCGAGCUGUCUGAAGCAGAUGCGAGUGACAAAGAGCACAGUUCGGAAUGGCUGCGCAACUUCCGCCGUCUUCUAGGCGAAUCGGGUGUGACGUCUGAAGCAAUCACCACCCUGCUCUCCCUCCUCUCCGCCUCAGUGACCAGCGGCACACCACUCCCGCCUUACCUCCGCGUGCCAGAACCGUAUAGAUUAUCUCAGAAGCUCGACGAGUUGGAUCAGGAUCUGCUAAGUGUGAGACAUAUCGCCGAACCGGGCUAUGCGAGUUUUGCCGUUAUGCAGAUAGGGACGCGAUGUAUCAUUAACGAUCUGGCGAAGAUUCUGGAGAAUGUGAAGGAGCUGGUGGGCGAGUUGGACUUUUCAUAUCAUGUUGUUAGUACGAAUGAUUCGACCAGGCAGGCGUCGGAGGAGACGCUGGUUUAUCCGAGGACUGGGGGAGCGAGUGGCGUGAAGAUGGACUAG